CGGCAAGUUGCGAACCCACCAUCCUCGAUACGUCCCUGUUAGACCGCGUGAUAUUCAGAGGCGCCUCUACAGAGCCCUCCUCGAACGUAGUUUCUAUAUUUACAUUGUAUUGCCUCGAGUUCGGCUUUUGAACUACGGGGCGGCCAGAACCCGGAUUACAGACAAAUAAAACCCGGGAAGACGAUAACACGUCUAGAGUUUCGUCCUCGCAAACCUCCCAUCGUCGAUUGUAUUAAGUGACCGGACAAUCAACGCGAAGUGCCAUUGUUUCAAGAUGAACAACGCGGUGCCGGAGACAGUGCCCCAAAGACGGAUCCCCAACGAAAUGAAGACUUUCAUAGAUUACCUGAUCUCGUUCGUCACAUUAUUGUUCACACUCUACGACUACAUCACUCACACCCUUUUCUACUUAAUGUACACCGGCUGCGAACGCUGGGGUUUGGAGAGUUUAAGUCAAAAAGUCCCCCCGAUCGCAGAUAUGCUGCUUUUGGAUUCCGCCAGCCAGAUAGCUUACAAAAUCAGGACCAGAAAGCUGAAAUGCGAGCACGUCAUGGAAUCUUUCAUAUCGCGCAUAGAACAGAUCAAUCCGGUACUGAACUGCGUCGUGGCGGAAAGGUUCCAGCAGGCGAGGGCGGAGGCGAAGAAGGUGGACGAGCUGCUGGAUUCGAAAGCGGUGCCCCUGGACGUCCUGGCCAAGGACAAACCUUUCCUGGGAGUGCCGUUCACCACCAAAGACGGCAUAGCCUUGAAGGGACUCAUCUACUCGGCGGGAUUGGUCGCUAGGAAGAAAACGAAAGCGGAGGAAGACGCGGUCACUGUGAGAAACCUCAGGAACGCGGGCGCCAUUCCAAUAGCUCUGACGAACAUCUCUGAACUCUGCAUGUGGUGGGAAAGUUACAACAACGUCCACGGCCGUACCAGGAACCCCUACGACACAUGCAGGAUAGUGGGAGGAUCAUCUGGUGGCGAGGGAUGCGUCCAGGCUGCCGCAGGAUCCGCCUUCGGGCUGGGUUCCGACAUAGGCGGUUCGAUCCGGAUGCCGGCACUGUUCAACGGUGUGUUCGGUCACAAACCAUCGCCUUCUAUGGUCUCCAUCGUCGGGCAGUUUCCUUCCCCGACUUGCGAGGAACUCCAGAGUUUCCUCGGACUUGGACCUAUGUGCAGGCACGCCGAAGACCUCGCGCCCCUUCUCAAGGUCUUGGCGGGCGACAAAGCUGCCGAACUGAGGUUAGACGAAACGGUGGACGUCAAAGAUAUCAAUAUUUUUUAUCAGGAAGACGACGCGGGGUCUCUCUACGUUUCUCCCGUCAACAAGGAAAUACGAGCGCUUUUCAAGAAAGUAUCAACCUAUUUCGAGAAGGCACACAAAAAGUCAAUGAAAAAAUUAGAACUGAAAGAUUUUCGACGUAGCACACAAAUAUGGCUGGCAUGUAUGAAAACGGCCAAUGGACCAAGUUUCCAACAACAGCUGGCCAAUUUGGAGGGCGACAUGAAUCUACCAUUGGAAUUAGCAAAAUGGUGCAUAAGGUGUUCCAACCACACGUUCAUAGCUCUAUGCACCGCCAUCACCGAAAACUCCGGGGUCAAAUAUGGCGGAGAGGAACACACCCGUCUUUUACAAUUCAGAGACCACCUCAAGAAAGAACUCCUGGACAUUUUGGGAGAUAACGGAGUGCUCAUCUACCCCACCCACCCCACUGUGGCACCCUACCACAACGAGCCCAUCAUGAAACCAUUUAACUUCUCCUACACGGGCAUCAUCAACGUCCUAGGCCUACCAGCGACCCACAUACCGAUGGGUUUGAACUCCGAAGGCCUUCCGAUGGGACUCCAAGUUAUAGCGGCGCCCAAAAAUGACAGAUUAUGCUUGGCGAUGGCCAUAGAAUUCGAAAAGGCUUUCGGAGGGUGGGUUCCACUCGAAGUCGAAUGAUGUAUAUAAAAAAGAGAGAUAUAAUAUAUUUUUUGGGCAUUUCCAAGGAUUAUCCUCAGUAACUGUGAUAAGCACUAAGAUUCAGUAUUCUGCAUUUUUUUUUUAAUAUUAAUCUGUGUGGUUUCACUAACAAUUUACGAAGUUUUAACAUAUAGGAGAAACGCAGUGAUUGUGAUGGCAGUCAUUUUUUUAAACUUUUGUACAAGUUUGUUUUAUAGAUCAAAUGACCGAAUUUAAUUCAGAAUAACCUUCAUAAUUCAAAUAAAUUUGUAAAGUAACUUGAUUGAAUUAAAUAUAGUUCAUCAAAGGUUAAUUUUUGAUGAAACGCUGUAUGCUUUUCUUGGAAACGUUUUAUUUCAAAAAUGCACUGCACUGUGACCGCAAACCAUGCUGUCACAACAACUACUAUGUUUUAUAUUACGUGUACUAGCUUUAUGAGCAUAUUAUACACUGUUAUAAACAUUUUAAGGAUAACUUGACAUACCUAUACAUGUUUUCAUUAGUCAGAAUUAUCCCAAAAUUUAUAUUUUUAUAAAGAAAAGUAUAAUAAAGAUACACUUCUAAACACAA